AUGAAAUUUUUUUUGGUGUAUGUUUUUAUCUUGGCGAAAGUGCAUGGAAUUGGUAGAAAACCGUCUUUGAGGAUUGUGGCAGGAUUCGAUUGUAAUCCAGUUGAGUAUCCAUUCUACGCCCUUGUAAUAAUAAGUUCUAACAAAGGGAAUAAGAUAUGUGGCGGAUCUUUGGUUGCUCCAAAUUUUGUUCUGACAGCGGCUCAUUGUUGCGUUGAAAAUGAUACUAAACGAUAUAAUAUUCAAACGGGGACAGAGAGUAUUGAUGGAAAAUUUGAUUAUAAAGUAAAUGUUACUGAUAUUUAUAUCCAUGCUAAAUAUGAUCCAAAGGAAUAUAAUUAUGAUGCUUGUAUGUUGAAGUUACAUAUGCAAAUUUGUAAAAGGCAGUCGACGGAUUACUUAGAUAUCGCCUUCUUUGAUUAUUCAAAAUUUAACAUUCUAACUCAAUGUUCAAGAGUAAUUAGUGCGGGAUUUGGCGUUCAACAUAGAAACGAACGGAAAGGUAUACUUCAAGAUCAUUUUCCAUUUCCCAAAAAAAAUCUCCAAUGUACUUUAUUAACAUUGUUGAGUAAUAAAGAAUGUUCUAAGUUUUGGAAAAAGGGAUUUUACAACGAUACCAUGCUAUGCGCAAUUGAUCCUACUCCAAGAAAAAGUGAUGUUUGCUAUGGGGAUAGUGGAGGUCCACUAAUGUGUGGUGAUAUACAAAUUGGAAUUAUUUCUUAUAGCCGAGGAUGUGGAUUUAACAACACACCUGGAGUUUUUACAAAAGUAUCCAAAAUUAAAGAUUUUAUAUUAAAUAUUUUAAAAGAUGAUUAUAAUUAUCUUCAACUAUCAUUUAAAAAAUCUUUAGGGUCGACGUAG